UUAUCCUUAGUUGGUUUUUAACAAGACUCUUGAACAGACACACUUUUGAACAGCUGCAAGUCAAAACGAGAGAAAAUGAAAGAUCUUAUGUUCUUAUUGAAGAUUUUCUUCAUGGUCUGUCUCUUGGCUCAACCAAUUUCCACUGAAGGUGAAAAACUGUGCACCUUAAAGCAAGAUAGGGAUUACAAAAUUUUAGAAGAGCUGAUCUUAUUAAGAAACGAAGUGUCCGCGGCUUACAGGAAAAUAAAGAGUCUGAAGACUGAAGUAGAUGUACUGAAAAAUGACCAGAAAGAAGCUGCAGGUGACACGUAUAUCAGAUGGGGACGAAUGACAUGCCCUGAUAAUGAAACUAGCCUUCUUUAUACAGGUUUUAUGGCUGGAUCAAAUAGGAACCACCCUGGGACUGGCUCUAACUAUCUCUGCUUAACCGACACCCCGUUAUGGGAUCAGUACAAGAACGGACAAAUCGACAGCUACGGGAGAAUCACCGGCGUUGAGUAUCAGUUUACUAACCAUAAGCCCGGUGCUGCGGAAUUUUUCGGGGGAAACAUGUUAAACCAUAAUGCUCCAUGUGCUGUAUGCCACACGCAAAGUCGUGUUUCUGUGAUGAUACCUGGAAGAAAUAAAUGUUACAACGGCUGGAGAAUGGAAUAUAGCGGCUAUCUUGUGACCGGGUCUUUUUCCGACAAAAGUGCCACUCAGUAUGUAUGCCUAGACAAGCGCCCGGAGAAGGUGUUUAACGGUAAUGCGAAUCAUGACGACAACAUGCUGUUCCUUGUAGAAGGGUCGUGCGGUGGUAGCCUGGCAUGCCCGCCGUAUGUGGCAGGAAGGGAGAUUACGUGUGUAGUGUGCUCCCUGUGAAUUACUCGGUGACUGAUCACUAUAUAUAGAUUGCAAAACAAAACACAGACAAAUAUUUCUGUUUUUUAUACUUCCUUCUAUAACUUUUUGUUAUUUCUUUUUAUUAUUUCCUUUUCAUCUGCUUCUAUUUGAACAUAUAUGAUUUGCAAUAAAGCUA